CAACAGGGCUGGCUGCCAAUUGAAGCUCAAGUUGAUUUCGUCCGUCGCAACGAAGCGUUUCUACAUCACUUCUUCCACUCUCCUCCCCAGAGCUCCGCCCGACUCCUGUCCCCUCGACAACUCCCACCGACCGAUCGAGCACGGCAGACAUAGCAGGCGAUUGAUUAUUUGAUCGAAGCGAAGAGCCAAUCGAGCAGGGCGCAAGCGACCGAGCAAGAGGAACACAGAACUCUCGAACCCACACGAUUAGCCCAACAUGCCUCAGGAUAUGCCCCCCGCUGGCGGCUACGAUGCCGUUCAGUACAAGCGCAACCUCCCGCCUAGCGCCUUCAAGCCCAAGACCUUGCUUGCCUUUGGUGGUUUGAUCAUGGUUUACGGCUGGUACCAUCUCUUCCACGGUAUCCGUGAGCAAAGAGAACUCGCCCGCGAGAAGAUGUGGUCCCGCAUCCACCUGAUCCCGGCCCUCCAAGCCGAAGAAGACCGUGAUCUUGUCCGUCGCCACUUGGCCGACGUCCAGCGCGAGAAGGAGCUGCUCGGAGACAAGGCCGUCAAGGCUUACCACUCGGACAGAUAUGUCCGUCCUACUUUUGCAGUUACUCCCGGGAAGAUCAUCAAAGAUUAGAUGUGGACUUGGAGGAAGAAGCGCCGAGAAUGUGGACAUGGCGAGGGGAGGAACACAGGACUCCCUGGCUGGUCGUUGGCUGUUGGCUGUACCUACCUAGAUGAGGUACUUGCCUGAUUCAAAAUGAAGGGUUAGAAUAAACUUAGACGAGAAAGCAAAUCAGGGUGUUGAGGUAAUGACAGGUUAUGCGGUCUGAGACUCCGAUUCUUUGGACAUAGAGGUAUGUAGAGGUAUAUGAGUCCUAACCCUCAUGGGACAGAACUUGAAGAUACCUACCUACCUCGCAAUGAUACUAUGAGCUUGGGUCUCCAUUCGGCGAGCAACUACGUAGACGUUUGCAUCGUCGUUAAUGCUAGGGCUACCGUACAUAACUCUCA